AUCAGUGGAGAAUCAAUCAAUGUUAGCAUUACUUUUACAAAGUGUACUUUAAUAUAUCAGUAUAAAACAACAUAAUGAAUACAAUGGUUCUCAAUCAGCAUUAUGAAAAUGAUAAUGUCGAUUGUUGACGAACCAGCAAACUGCAGCAGGUGCAUCACAAUUCACAAGGCAAAAAGUGCAUCGACUUCGAAAACUUAUACAUUAAAGAUGCAGGUUACAGAUGUUGUAACAUUUUUGAUACACAAGGAGAAAUAAAAUGGAUCCAAGGGGCCCUCCUGAGGGGGCCCCUACUAAUUCCUUUGAGAUAAAUAAUAUCGAUAAAGUGUCUAACAAUUUAGUAAAUUGGUCUACAGAUCAUUCUCUCUCUUCAUCAAUGUGCGAACAAAAAAAAAUGAAUAAUAAUAAACUGUUAUUUUUAACUGUGGAAUAUGUGGAAGAUCCAUCACGGGAAUAUUCCCGUUUAUUUCCAACAUAUGAACAAGUUUCUUUCUCUCCUAGACCAUCGUCUCCACUUUCAGAUUUUGAACAUCGUGUUAGUCCUCUUGACCCCAAUAUGAGUUCAGCUGCUAGAUAUUCACCUACUCCUGUACAACUUCCACCAUCUCCUUUUCAUAAUUCUGUUGUUGUGUUACAAGAUUCUUCUCCUUUAAUAUCUUCAACUGAAUCAAAUGAAAGAACAAAUGUUAAUUAUGUUUCUCAAUUAACACAUCCAAUUGAUACACAAAGUGUACAACAGUCAGAUAGUUCUACUGACUAUGUUGCUAAUGAAAAUGAGGAACAACUAGUGUCUAGUGUUGGCAGUGAGUUGAUUCUUAUGCAAGAAACGAAUUCCGGGCUAGAAUCAGCAACAGCUCCGUUAAUGCUAACAGGAAUGCCAAGUACAGAUUUUACAUUAAGUAGAGAUUUUCUUGUUAUGCAAGAUGACCAAAUGAAUGUUAUAAAUUCGUUUAAAACGCAAAACCUUGAUAUAGAUGAUUCUACACAUCUUUCAUCAAAUGCAGAAAAUUCAAAUAAAGAAAAUAAUGCAGAUUCUUCAGCUGCAUCUAAUGAACGAGAAAUUAAUGAAAUUUUAAUACCUACUGAAGAAAAAAAAAAUUGUGAAAAAAAGAAUGUGAGACGUUCGAAACGUCGUAUAAAUGAUAAAAAGAAUUUAUGUUGUGAUGAAUGCGAUGAUGUGUGUACCGGUGAUAAUUGCACUUCACAUAAUGUAUGUACAAUAGCAGAUCAACCAGUACCAUCUCGUGCUAUAGCAACACUGCCAGGAUCAUAUCUUUCUAUAAACAAAUUAUCCAAUUCUGAAAUUAUAUCAGGUGGAUCAGAUUAUGGAGUGUUUGCAAAACGUUAUAUACAAAAACGUACUCAAUUUGGACCUAUAGAAGGUGUCUUAUAUCCUUAUGAUGGAACACCAUUUAGAGAUGAAUUGCCAUUGCUCUAUGAAACUGAAAAUAAAGAAUUUUUAAAAGUAGAUGUUUCAAAUGAAAAUGCUUCAAAUUGGAUGCGUUUUGUUAGACCUGCAUUAACUUAUAAAGAUCAAAAUUUGGUAAUUUGUCAACAACGUGAUGGAAUAGUAUUUUUGACUACAAGAAGUAUUUUACCAAAGGAAGAAUUGAAAGCUGGUCCUAGUAUUGAUUAUGCAAUACGUAGAAAUUUAAUACCACUCAAAUCUACACAAGAAACGAAGGAUGAUAAAGAGCACAAAAAUCAGAUAUCUAGUUGGUCACGGCUAGAUGAUAAUCAUUCCCGGCGUAUGAAAGUAUUUCGCGGAAGAAAUUUGAAAGAGAAAGAAAAUUCAAGACAAAAUAAUUCUAAGGAAUGGAAAUGUUCUGUUUGUGGUCUAAUUUUUCGAAAAUCACUUUUGCUUAACUUACACUCUCUUGUUCAUAAUUCUGAUAAAAUAAAAACUAAAAUUCAAUCUACAGUUUGUCCGCAAUGUGGACUGCAAUUUCAAAAACAAAAAGAAUUGAUCAAUCAUAUUUCACAACAUGGGAGAUUAUCUUUGAAAAAAGCAAAAAGAUUGACUUCUUUGUCUACAUAUAAGUGUUCAAUGUGCUAUAAACGUUUUGCGACAAAAGUACGUUUACAGCAGCACUGCUUAGUGCAUGGUGCUGAAGACCAAAAACCACUGCCAUGUAAUAUUUGCUUCAAAAGAUUCAUGAAUAAUUCAGCACUCUCUUGUCACUUGAAAACACAUAGAGAAAAUAAACAAAUAUUUGAGUGUCCAAUGUGCAGACAACUAUUUAAUCAAAGCAUGACGUUAAAAGAUCAUAUUGAAACUCAUAAAAAUGAAGAUGGCACAUUUAGCUGUCCUUACUGCCAAAGAAUAUUUAUCAAAUAUUCAGUUAUUCGUAAACAUAUUAGGGCACAUCAUUGUGAAAGAAAACACAAAUGUCAAAUUUGUGCAAAACGAUUUGCUACAGUAGAUAAAUUACAGAUGCAUCUGCUAAAACAUUCCGAUCAUAGAGAAUUUCACUGUGCAAAUUGUGGUAAACAAUUUAAGAGAAAAGAUAAAUUAAAAGAACACAUGACUAAAUUACAUAAUUCACAGACAGCCACUGAAGAACAAAUGUCGCAAGUUACACAAACUAAAAAAUUUGUUCCAAAGGUAAAUCCUAAUGAUUACAAUCGUUUCAUUUAUAAAUGUCAUCAAUGUUUGGUCGGUUUUAAACGAAGAGGAAUGCUUGUAAAUCAUUUGGCAAAAAGACAUCCAGAUGUUGCGCCAGAAUCUGUACCAGAAUUAAACUUACCAAUUUUACGUCAAACGAGAGAUUAUUAUUGUCAAUAUUGCGAUAAGGUCUAUAAAAGCAGCAGUAAACGUAAAGCACAUAUCAUGAAAAAUCAUCCAGGAGCUGCUUUACCGCCGAGCAACCGACAGAAGGAGUCGGAUUACUCCGAUUUACCGAAUCCAACAUUUAGUCAAACUGUCGGUAGCAUUACUACUACACCACAGAGUUGUCAAUGGUGUCAUAAACAAUAUGCUAGUAAAGCAAAACUUUUACAACAUCAACGAAAGAAACACUCAAAUUUAAUGGAACCGGCUGAUCAAGUACCGCGUUCACGUAAUCGACAGCCACAGAAUCAGAAUCAGCCCCCAGUACUUAUUGAAGAUCACUUUGUAUUGUCCGAUUAUAUUCAGACGUGUGAAACAAAUUCAGAUUUUUUUAAACCAAGAAUAAUCAAAAUAUCUGAUGAUGUUGAUCUAAUAGGCAAUGGAUUAGAGAUAGUUGGGCAACAAUUUGUUCGUAUGCGUGACAUACGCUGAACAGAUCUGUGGCAACCUCAAUGAGAGGUUUUGUCAAUUUAAUGAGAUAUGAAUCUCAUGAGUUUGUGCACAGUAAAGAAACACUGUGUUUUUUGCUGCUGUUGCCAAAUAAGGGCAUUCAUGCCCAGGAGGAUUAAUUGAUUCUCCGCUGGAAAGUAUUUGGAGCACAGCUUGGUUAGCGUUAGUGCGAAACACUAAACGCUAUUUUAUUGAUUGUAUGGUUGACAAUGGUGUCAUGACCGUAAUUCGGUCGUAAUUUUGAAUAAACUUGUUGAAACGGAGUACGCCCUAUUUUACGAAUACUUCGAGCUCCAGGGCGAAAACAUGGAAGAAGAUUUAAAUGUUAACACACAAUGGGAAACACAAACAUGGAGACUUAAGACUUAAACACAAUGGGAAACAUGUUAGUUAUUGAGGUCUUUGCUCAAGGUAUUAUGAGUACAGAGCGCAAACAGGUAGAACAAGUCCUCUUAUUGUCGGUACAUCACUGACAUUAACUCUAGUAGUUUCUUUUAAAAUUUUGAAAAAGCUUCAAUUCGAUGUGAUUCAAUUAUGGAUGUUAGAGUGAUCGAAUUUGAGCUUCAAGUUUAAAGUGAAAUUUAAACGCAGUUGAAAUUUGGAAAAUUCGAUGAAUCUUAGAUCGGUGUAAUCUCGUCUAUACUAUGUGAUUUUUUUUUUUAUAGACCUGAUCGUAGUGUCUACAUGUUACAUCUGACUUUGAUGAUAAAGCAAUUGUCCGUAGAUUACACAAAAUGUUGUAGUCUGUAAAGAAUCGCCCGAUCACUUUUACUCUUUCUCGUAAUUUAUAACAUUCUGUCAUAAUUAUUACCGAUUCUCGUUUAGAAAAAGAUAUCUGUGUUUCCAGUACAGAUUUUCGAUCAAUCGGAUUUCUUUUUCGCGCAAACCUUUCAGAAUUACUAGUUUCACUAAGGAAGUUUAGUGUGACAAUUUUUGCAUCCAUCAUACUCAUCGAAUUGAAAUAUCUGAUUGAAAUUGAAGGUAUUAAUAGUUACCUAGACAAGAAAACUUUUGUCUUUGUGAUUUUAUGAUGCAUGUAAAAUUGAUAGCGUUGCAAAUUAUCCAUAUACACUUUGCUAGUUUAUCAAAUUAUAACAGUGAAAUACUAUUAGCAUUCCAAAUCAUAAUUUUCUAAAUGUAAUUUCAUAUAUCAUAAAUUGGCAAGAGAAUUAAAAAUUUGUUUUACAUGCAUUAUAUGUGCAUAAUAUGAUAAAUAUUAUGGAAAAACAAAGACAAAAGAAUGCAUGUUUGUUAAUGUUGUUGAGUACAUGGAGAACUGUAUUGUAACGUGACUUAAAUAAAGUUACCCGAUGACUGA